CCAGGGGCUGGAGGGGGAGAGGGAGACAGGAGCCGGCACUGCAGAGCUGCCACCUGAUUGGCUGGACGGCCAUGGCUGGGCUAUAAAAGAGACCCCUGCAGGCUUGGGAGGGAGACGCUUAGAAGAUUCUGACCGCAUCUUUACCAGAGAAAAGGUGAAGUGCGCUCAAAACAGAAGCCACAGCUCCUCCUGCUGCAUUUCUUUCCUACUUGCGAAUCCCAUACUGUUCAGACAAGAUGUGCAAAGGACUUGCAGGACUGCCGGCUUCUUGCUUAAAGAGUGCGAAAGAUAUGAAACAUCGGUUAGGCUUCCUGCUGCAGAAGUCUGAUUCCUGCGAACAUAAUUCUUCCCACAGCAAGAAGGACAAAGUGGUUAUUUGCCAGAGAGUGAGCCAAGAGGAAGUCAAGAAAUGGGCUGAAUCACUGGAAAACCUGAUUACCCAUGAAUGUGGGCUGGCAGCUUUCAAAGCUUUCCUGAAGUCUGAAUACAGUGAGGAGAACAUUGACUUCUGGAUCAGCUGUGAAGAGUACAAGAAAAUCAAAUCACCAUCUAAACUAAGUCCCAAGGCCAAAAAGAUAUAUAAUGAAUUCAUCUCAGUCCAGGCAACCAAAGAGGUGAACCUGGACUCCUGUACCAGGGAGGAGACAAGCAGGAACAUGCUGGAUGUAUAUAAAAAAGGAAAGCAGCAACAGCAGGAGAUCCACUAG